AUGACUACUACGAGCAGUUCUCGAACCGCGCGCGCGCCGUUCGGCUGUUCCUACCCGAGGCACGAGCGAGUUGACUACAACAGUUUACACUGGAUAACCUAUCUUCUAUCCGGACUCAUUUCACCUUCGUUUCCGCGUCUGUAUCAGUUUGAAAUAGCCUCGCUGCAUCGGAUCCGACUAAAAAUAACGGCUCCCUCCAUCCUCGAUCCGAUCACACUCUGGAAUUCACCGCAUGUGCUCAUCAGUGGAACCGUGCGCCCGUCUCGCAAAUCCUCACCCGCCAACUGUCAAAGUGGAUCCUUCCUCCUUUAAUUUUCACAAAUUUGGUUUUAUUUGUUAAAAAUAUAAAACUGAAAUUGAUUGUUGGACUGUCUGCUCUUACUUUUCACCCGGCGACAAGUGUUGGUGUUGUCAUAAAUCCUUCCCAUUGCGGAGGUGUUUAAAAAUUUAAAAAAAUGUGUGAAUGUUAGUGUGUAGUUUUUUUUUACUGCAUGUGUGCGAGCAGAAAUGAUUCUAUUAUAAAGCAUCUGGUACCUUAUUCUAGUUUGUGAGUUUAGUGUCUUCCGCUGAAGAUCCAAGUACCUACUGUGAUGCAUUUUUGAUAAUUCACAAUACCUAUUCGUACGAGUACUUUCCCACCAGGUGUGGUUUUUGGAUACCUACCUACGAAAGACGCCAAAGCGAAUGGUUCCGAGGAAAUUCAUAGAGGAUAAGAACCAGCACCAGUCGUCCCGUAGACGUUUUAAAGCCAAAGAGUGGGGACGGUGGCCGGAUGCAAGAGCUGAGCGUGAGCUACCGGCUGGAGGAGAAGGCAACGAUCCCGGCUACCUGGAAGGCCCUCCACCUGAGCUUCUACUUCCUGGCCUGCGUCUCCGGGAUCCUGGCCUCAGUGUUCUUCCACUCGAUCCUGAGUAAACUCGACGACAACUGCUUCCUCUGGGCCUCGCUCCACUUCAAACGGGACUCCCGCGAGAUCGACGCCCUCUCGAGCACCUGGCGCCCCCGCGAGGCCUGCGACUUCUACCUCUACUCCCACCUGCUCUGCUCCAUCUUCGCCGUCGUCUGGAUGGUCUUCUUCGUCAUGUGUGCCCGCGGCGGCGGCACCGACGGCUACAUCGCCCAGCCGUGGCGCAUCGUCACCCCGGCCUCCGUCUUCAACAUCCUCGCCUUCGGCAUCGCCCUCAACGCCUCCGUCAACUUCCACGUCGGCGUUGCCAAGUUCUGCGCCUUCGACUUGCCCGCCUCCAAGCCGGCCGAGAAACGCAUGUGCCACGACCUCCAGUCCGUCCUACUCGACGGCAAACUCCUCGGCAUUGAGUUGGUGCACGAUAUCAGCAACUGCCUGACGACCCAAUGGCUGAACACGGUGUUUUGGUUUCUCGGAUGCUGUUGGUCCAUCGCCCGGUGUCUGAUGGCCCCCGACUUUGCGGUCGUCAAGGUUUCCGUCAUGGCGGUCCCGGAUGAAGAGGAGCGGUUUCAGCGCCAGCCCGAGUCCUCCGACGAGGAUGUCAUCCAGAUCGUCGAACCCUCUCCGUCCACCAGCUGCGACUCCAUCAAAGUCAAGAAGACCACGUAGAGAACCUCUAAUCUGCGAGUCUCCGCGGUAUUUGUGUGCUCUUUCACGACAUCGUGGUCCCUCUCCUCGAGGCAAACUAACUCUCUCAGUGGAGGAGAAGAACUCUCUCACGGUGGAGGAAAGUACCUCUCUUCAUAGAGAGAAAAUAAGUUCGUUGAUGUAGGGUAAUAACUCUCUAUAGAGGAAAAGAACUCUCCCGGUGGAGAAAAAUAACACUCCCGGUGAAAUAAAAGAACCCUCCUGUUGGAGAAUAGUGCCUCCCUUCACGGAGGAAAAUAACUCCGUUGGUGUACGAUAAUAACUCUCUCUAUAGAGGAAAAGAACUAUCUCGACGGAAGGAAAGAGCUGGAUGGAGGAAAAGAAACCUUCCGAUCGAGGAAAGUAACUCGCUCUGUUGGCGGAGGUCAAUAACUGAUGUUACUUCAAGAAUAUUUCUUCAAGUGUGCAGUUGUGCACACUGCACCUGUCAUGAGUCAUAAGACAAAAAUUGAAUAAGAAAAAGUAAACAUGAAAAAACCAGGAAUUUCUUUAGUUUGUGAUCUGUCAUACUCUGCCGAAGCGAUCUUUCCGAGUCGGCAAAAACAUCUAUUCACCAUUUAAAUUCAUUUUAAAUAAUCUAUUCUAGAUGAGAAGCCCGCUUCAACAAUCGAACGUUCUACAUUCAUUCCAAGGGGCCGUACUUAAUGACGCCAUCUUGCGAGAAUUGCCAAUAACUAUGCGAGAUGAACUCGCUAAGUAACUAAGCCUGGAAACCAUUAAAUAUUGGCAUUUAUCCCUUCAAUACCUUCUUUGUGUGGAUUAAUUCUACGUACUACCUCAUAAAGACUGGUUUAACAUUAUUCUAUUUUUACUUUGUGUAUGUAUAAUGCAUUCACGCGUGAACAAAUGUGUUGCCUUGAUUUGUUGUAAAUUUUUGAUUUUUACAAUCUUUUUUUUCAAACAAAUUAAUAAUUAAUAAUGUUCUAUUGAUGUUCUUUUCCUUGAUUAAUUUUCUGGCCACAGCAAAAAUUCUGAGGAUCACCUAAUUGUCUCAUUUCUCCUCUUCCUGAAAGAAAUUCCUUGAGGCCAGUUGCACUUACUGGACAUUUCAGCGCCGAACUACUUACAGCCUAAUUUUUCUUCCCAUACGUUUUACUUAUUUUAAAUAUAGUGUCCAAUCUCUAGAAAAAUCAACGCAGUCUGCUUCUUGUUUUCCGAUGUAAAGAACACUCCGUGCAAAUCAGUAUUCAUUUCAGUUAUGCAUAAUCUGAUUGAAAAUCAGAUUCCUGUUUCUCACGUAGAAACUCUUGUUUAUUUUAGUUUAGUCGAACUCCACUUAACACAAAUAUCUACGAUUGAGCUGUAGGUAGUCACUUGUAAAGUUUUUUUUUUAUUUUUGAGUUUUCUAAUAGACUCAUACAUGAAGCUUUCCCAAUACUGGAAAACAAACUGAUCUGUGCACCCGAACUUGAUGGCUAAAGUCGAAAAAUGCGUAUCUCUAACUGCGCCGUUGCAAAUCUCUGCUCAGAUGUAACUUUUGUUUGAAGAAAAUCAACCAAAAUAACUCCUCACAUUAACAAGCUCAGAUUAUCUCACUGCAAUGUUACGUGAUUGGUGAACUUGCUGUUUGACUGAAUUUUGUCGGAUCCAACGAUUGAUUCCUCGCGUAAAUUGACGCAGUUCAUAAUAUUUAGUAUUUUUUAAAUGGGUCAAGUAUCCUAGAUAUAAAGUUAAAGGAUGAUAUUUAAACGUGAAAAUCGAAAUUCCUCACGACUAAUUGUGAGUCUACUUGUAAGUUUCGUGAGUUUAACGUAUGUGAGAAGAUAUGCUGUAAACAUCGCUACGCAUAAAAUUUGAAAUGUUUUAAUCAUUACAUCCUAUAGUUCCUUCACAUGUAUGUACUUCUUUCAUUUUUGAGCAAAUGCGUCCAAACGCUGAUUUUUGAAAUGAAAUAAUUCAAUUUUCACUGAGAAAACUACUAAAUUCCUUCAUGCCAGAAAACGCCAUUGUUUUGAAAACUCGGAAAGACUUAAAUAUAACACUUAUUAUUAGUAGAGAGUUAUAUUAUCAAUAAAUGUUCCUGCUACAUUAGUUUUUUAAA